GAAAAGCUUUGUUUUUUUAUGGAAAGGUGUGGAGAAAUAUGGAGGAAGGAACAGGGUAUAAGCUUCUAGAUCCGAAUAUGAUGGAUUCAUCAUCACAAGCAUUCAAGCUGGAUGAAAUCUUAAGAUGCAUAACAAUUGGUCUCACGUGUGUUCAAGAAUAUGCAGAGGACAGACCAAUGAUGUCAUGGGUUGUUUCGAUGCUCGGGAGUGAUACAGAUAUUCCUAAGCCUAAACCGCCUGGUUAUUGUCUCGCUAUAAGCUCUGAUCCUUGGACGUCGACUACGAUCGAAUUCACCACCACGGAAGUGGAGCCUCGGUAAUUUGAAAGUUACUGAGAGAACGUUCGUAUUAUUAGAUAUUACAAAAAUAAGUGAUGGAAAGAAAAACAAUUCUCAAUGGCUAACGAUGAUACUACAUGAUUCGACUUUCCUUUAUUGCACUUGUAAUCUACAGUAUGAUUAUUUAGCUUAUGUAUGAAACCAUAGAAUUAAGUAUCUUUAUAGAA